AUGGCAGUAACAACACAGUUUCUUGUCACUGGUAUGUUAAUCAGUGGUGUAUGCAAUACUAUUCUGAAUAAACUUCAAGACAUGCAAUGUGUUUCUCACUGUGAUGAUCCGGAUCCUUCAAAACAUGAAUUUUACGAACAGCCCGUAUGGCAGACUUUGAAUAUGUUUGUCGGUGAAACUAUGUGUUUUGUCGUUGCUUACGUCCUUUUAUACUGGGAACGUUAUCAAGAAAAAAGAAAUGAAGUGACGGUAUAUGAGCCUUUAGGGGCCGAAGCAACACUUACUAACGAUUCCGAAACAGUAACAAUUGUUGAGGGUGGAUCUGAUGGUUCACCUAUAAAAAUUGACGAUGAAUAUCGUGGUCCUACCGAAGAAAUGACAGGAUGGAGAGUAUUAUGGUUCUGGUUGCCUACAAUAUGUGAUAUCAUGGGCACUACAUUUAUGAAUGUUGGCCUUAUUUAUACAUCAGCCUCAGUCUAUCAAAUGUUACGUGGAGCGGUUGUGUUAUUUACUGGCACCUUCUCUGUAUUGUUUCUUCGUCGGCGUUUGUAUCCAUAUCAUUGGUUUUCACUGUUUCUUGUAGUGUUAGGUGUAUCAAUUGUUGGUAUGAGUAGCAUAUUCUUUCCACCUGUAAAACCUGUAGCGCCAGUUGAUACUAUACCUAAUCUCGCAACAUCCGUUGAAGCAACUGACGAUUCAAUAGAAGCGAUGGUUGGUGUUUUCUUUGUUAUAUUUGCACAAAUAUUUACAGCAUCGCAAUUCGUCAUAGAAGAAAAAAUUAUGGAAAAAUAUCGUGUUAAACCAGUUUUGGCAGUAGGGUUAGAAGGAAUAUUUGGUUUAUCUACAGUAACUGUUGGAAUGUUUGUAUUAUAUUUCUUGAUUGGUAAAACACAUCCUGGUGGAUAUUUUGACAUUUCAGUUGGGUUUAAUCAAAUGAUUAGUUAUAGACAAAUUUGGAUUUCUGGCAUUUCGAUAUGUUUUUCUAUAGCAUUCUUUAAUUUCUUUGGAUUAAGUGUUACCAGGCUUAUUAGCGCCACUGCUAGAUCAACCAUCGACACUAGUAGAAUUGUUUUUAUUUGGAUAGUCUCUUUGUUUCUUGGAUGGGAAAUAUUUUCUUGGUUACAAGUCUUUGGAUUUAUUGUUCUUAUUGCUGGAACUUUCAUCUUUAAUGAUGUAAUACGUCCACCACCAUGUUUCGCUGUUCCACUAAAAGAGACUUCAGAAAAUCAACCUUUGUUACCUGAAGAUCACGAACAUCUCUGA